AGGGACGGUGUUUGUCGUGGGGUUCGCUGUGUCUCGCACGACAUAGGAGAAACUCAUCAAUUUCAAAAUGUCAUCAGUCAAACGCUUGGUUCAUGUAGUCAUCCAUUUCUUGAGAGAGCAGAGUCAGAUGGAUACUUUCACUCCAGAUGAACAAGAAAGCUUGGAAGUUGCAAUUCAGUGUCUGGAGACUGUUUUUAAGAUUAACCCAGAAGAUACUCAUCUUGCGCCUUCACAGCAUUUGAUAGAAAUGUUCACAAAUUCUUUUCACAAGAAUGACAUGCUGCCUCUCUCAGAUUCUUUACCAGAGGAUGUUGAAAAGGCUGACCAACUGAAGGAUGAAGGUAAAAAUUAUAUGAAAGAAGAAAAUUAUGGUGCUGCAGUCGAUUGUUAUACUAGGGCUAUAGAACUAGGUCCAAAAAAUGCAGUCUGCAACAGGGCUGCUGCUCAAAGUAAGCUCAACAACUACAGUGAAGCAAUAAAGGAUUGUGAGAGCGCCAUAGCAAUAGAUCCAAAGUACAGCAAAGCAUAUGGGAGAAUGGGGUUGGCUCUGGCCUCAGUGAAUAAAUAUGAAGAAGCAGUUACAAGUUACCAAAAAGCACUGGAUCUUGAUUCAGAAAAUGACUCUUAUAAGUUAAAUUUGAAAAUAGCAGAACAGAAACUAAGAGACAUGUCCAGUCCUACUGGAACUGGACUGAGUUUUGACAUGGCAAGCUUGAUAAACAAUCCUGCCUUCAUUAGUAUGGCAGCAAGCUUAAUGCAGAAUCCUCAAGUUCAACAACUGAGCCCUGAAAACAGCCCUGUUGGUGGCCCUGCUGCGGGUGUUGGUGGCCUGUCGGAUUUGUCCAGCCUGAUCCAUGCGGGGCAGCAGUUUGCACAACAGAUGCAGCAGUUUGCACAACAGAUACAGCAGCAGAAUCCAGAGCUCAUAGAGCAACUGAGAAAUCAUGUCUGGAGCAGAUCUUUCAGUGGCAGCACUGAAGAGCAUUCCUGA